AUGAACCAUGAGGGAGAGGCCUCAUCCUCCGCGCCAGCCCACGUCUCUCGAGAUGGAGAUGGCGAGGCACCCGCCGCGGUGGCGCCGACGACGGCAGAGCUGAAAGAAAGAGGGAAAAGGAACAGGCAGAGGUUCAACCAGAAGAGAGGCCAGCUGCUCGACGACCUGAUAAAAGACCUGGACAUGUUGAUCUACGCCGAGUUGAGUGUUGUAUACUACAUGGACUGCUCCUUCCUCCGCUUCGCCAUCAGAGCCUUCUUCCAGUUCAUGUACUUGACCCCGAAGCCGCCCCCGUUGCCUGCCCACCCCUCCGACACUCCGAUGCUGGGCGCUCUCGUUAGCACCAAUGCGAUAUGCAUCCUGCUGCACCUCUGGCUCACACCACCGUCGGGCGGCGAAGCAACGCGAGGCUACCUCCACGGCGGCCUGGCAAUGGAUUUCAUAGGUCAGGCCGGCCCAAGUAGCAAGAUUCAUUUGUUCCUCCUCGACCUUCUCGUCGUGGUGCUACAGCUUACGCACAUGGCCGCGUAUAUGCUCAAAUGCCGGCUCAAGGACUCUGCGACGACGACUGCUGCUACGGCCAGCGCUCGGUCGGGAACCAGUCACCCCGCGCCUGCUCGUCGACAAGACCUCGACGCUGAGGAGCGAGGUGUACGACGAUCCGGCGAGCAGCAGGAGAUCGAAAUGCAGACUCUGACUGCUACCGGUACGGCAACAGGCGCUGUGGUGGAUCCCUCUGAAGCUCACGACACGGCGAACAGAUCCUCAGAGCACGAUGCCCUGCUCAACCCAAUGGUCCCGCGCACUGAUUCGCACAUAUUUGAUGCCUUCCACUCAGGCCAGAUCGUGAUUGCGGAUCUGGAUCUGCGCAAGAGGAUCGGUGACCAGAUUCACCUGACCAAGAACUAUCGCGCAGACGCAAGUACAGCAAGUGGUGUGCGUACGCUACGCGCCGAACUCGCCAACCGCGUGCUCAGGAUGAGGAUGGGUGCCGAUGCUUUGAGGCAGAAUAUAUAA